GGACACAGGAUUCCAGGCCAGUGAGGACCCGCCCUGGCCCAGACCUGCACCCACCCUGCCGGCCCUGCUCGCCCAGAGCUGACCGGGAGAUGGCGCUGACCCGGUGGCUGCUCCCCAUGGCCCUGCUGGCUCUGAGCCGGGAGCCCAGCAUGGCAGGGGACCUAGAGACCAUCCCGCUGCAGACCCUGCGCUGCCAUAAUGACUACACCAGCCACAUCACCUGCAGGUGGGCGGACACCCAGGAUGCCCAGCGGCUCAUCAACCUGACCCUCUACCACAGGCUGAACGAGUCCCCCCCAGAGCCAGUGUCCUGUGAUCUCAGUGACGACAUGCCCUGGUCAGACUGCCCGGCUUCCCACUGUGUGCCCAGAAAAUGCGUCAUUCCCAGCAAGCGGUUCGUCAUAGCCGACAAGGACAACUUCUCAUUCCAACCCGACAGGCCUCUGGGCACCCAGCUCACUGUUAUCCUGGCCCAGCAUGUGCAGCCCCCCGCGCCCAGCGACCUCCACGUCAGUGCUGACGGGGACCGGUUCCUGCUGACCUGGAGUGUGGCCCCCGGGGGUUCCCAGAGCCCGUGGCUGUCCAAGCUGGAGUUCGACGUGGCCUACAGGCGGCUUCAGGACUCCUGGGAGGAUGCCUCCAGCCUCACCUCCACCGCCCCGCAGGCCCACCUGGGGCCCGGGCACCUCAUUCCCGGCAGCACCUACGUGGCCCGAGUGCGCACCCGGCUGGGCCGGGGUUCAGGGUUCUCGGGCCGGCCCAGCCCGUGGAGCCCAGAGGUUCGCUGGGACUCGCAGCCAGGGGACAAGGCCCAGCCCCAGAACCUCCAGUGCUUCUUUGAUGGGGCCACCGCGCUCAGCUGCUCCUGGGAAGUGAGGUCCGAGGUGGGCCGCUCUGUCUCCUUCACCCUCUUCUACAAGCCCAGCCCCGACGAGGGGGAGCAGGAGUGUUCCCCGGUGCUGAAGGAGGCGCGCGGCCCCUAUGUCCGCCACCGGUGCCGGGUGCCCGUGGCCGACCCCGGGAACCACAGCCAGUACCUCGUCUCUGUUCGGCCAAAGCGGGAAGAGAAGUUUAUAAAGAGCUCGGAAAACAUCCAGAUGGCUCCUCCGACGCUCAACGUGACCAAGGGCAGAGAUGGCUACAUUUUGCGCUGGGAAGUGAAGAUGUUCUAUGGCCACAUAGAGUACACCUUCGAGGUCCAGUACAAGAAAGACGCAGCCUCCUGGGAGGAGAGCAAGACAGAGCCCCUGCAGAACACGCGCGUCCUGUCACUGCCGCCGCUGGAGUCCUCCACCAGGUACCAGGCCAGAGUGAGGGUCAGGCCCUACAAAGGCUACAGCGGCAUCUGGAGCGAGUGGAGUGAGGAGAGCUCCUGGGACACUGAGUGGGUGCUGCCCACGUGGGGCCUGGCCCUCAUCCUAGUCUUCACCACCCUGGCCUUACUCCUGGCCCUGCGUUUCUGUGGCACGUACGGGUACAGGUUGACCCACAAGUGGGAGGAGAAAAUCCCCAACCCCAGUAAGAGCCAACUGUUCCAGGACGUGAGUGCGGGGCGCUGGCCCCGCGGCGGCCUGUCGGCCCUCACCAGCAGGAGCCCCGCACACAAGGGACCCUGGGACAGCCGCUUCCCUGGGCUGGAGGCUGUCACCCCCCUGGAGGGGGUGUCCCCUGAAGACCGCAUGCACAGCGAGGUGUCACCUCUCACCGUGGAGGACCCUAAAAAUGCCCACGACUCACCAUCUGAGCCUAGCACGACUCCGGCCGCCGCCGACCUGCCCGUGGAGCUGCCCCCAGGCCCCGCGCCCUGCCUGUCGGCCCCCUCAAGCAGCCCUGAGAGCCAGGGUUCCGGCUUCGACUUCAAUGGCCCCUACCUGGGGCCGCCCCACAGCCGCUCCCUGCCGGACCUCCUGGGCCAGGAGGAGCCCCCGCAGAUGGGUGGGAGCCAGAAGCCUCUGCCCCCAGGGUCCCUGGAGUACCUGUGCCUGCCCCAAGGGGAGCAGGUGCAGCUGGUCCCACUGGCCCAGGUGAUGGGACAGGGCCAGGCCAGGGGUGUGGAGAGGAGCCCCUCCAUGGAGACUGAGGCGGGCCCUGUCCCUCACACUCCUGGGCUGCUGGUGGGUGGUCAGGGCCUGCAGGACAGCCCCACAGCUGUGUCCGCUGUGUCCGGGGGCCCUGCGGACAGCAUCGUGGCCUCUGGUUAUGUCAGCACCGCAGACCUGGCACUCGCCUUACCCACCGAGGCACCAUCUGCCUCCCGGGUUCCUCCCCCUGGCCUCCCCUCGGAGCAGAACCACAGCCUCUGUCCCGGACUGGCACGUGGGCCCCUGGAAGGCCCCGCCCCCAUGAAAUCAGUGAUUGACAGCUAUGUGGAGCUCCCUUCCACCAUGGGCCAGUCCCCUAAGUCCCCUCUGGGCAGUCCUGCCCCUCCUGCAGCCAGCGGCCACGUCCUGAGCCCGAGGGAGCCCAGGGUCGAUGUGACCCCAGUCUCCCCGCACCCCGAGGGGCUCCUGGUCCUGCAGCAGGUGGGUGACUAUUGCUUCCUCCCCGGCAUGGGAUCUGGCCCCUUGUCCCCCCAGAGUAAGUCCUCUUCUCCUGGACCCUGUCCUGAGAGCAGGGACCUGGACCGGGGCUUCCCGGCCAAGAAGCCUUCCUGUCCGGCCAUUCCCCAGGUGCCCGCCAUUCAGCUCUUCAAAGCCCUGAAGCAGCAGGACUACCUGUCGCUGCCCCCCUGGGAUGUCAGCAGGCCAGGGGAGGUGUGCUGAGACCCCGCAGGCCUGGGGGGACACGUGGGAGGAGAGGGUCUGCCUUCCUCCUGCCCUGCCUUUCUCCCACCGGCCUCAGUGUUUUCCACACUCAUUUCUGCAAAGCCAGGGAGAGGGGCCAGGAAAACGCGUGAACUGCCUAUCUUCUCCCUUGACCUUGAGCAAGGUCAGGCUUCUCUGUCUGUCUCUCUUCCUCCUCCCUCCCGCCCCCGUCUCACAGACACACCCCCACGUACUUUUCUUUCAAGUUCACAGACUUUUAGGUUCUGAAUUGAUAGAAAGUUCCAUAUGUUCUCGUUCCAUUUGCCCUCGUUUUCUCUGUCACAAGGUUUCCCUGCUUGGGCUCGUUCCUUCUUUCUCUUUUCCCUGAUUUAUUAUUCGAGCGAGUUUGAGGUCCCCGCUCGGCCUGUCCUGAGAUGCCAUGUCUCGGUCAGAGCCUAUUCUGAUGCUGCCGUGUCUGGCUGUGCUGGGGGACCUGGGUCUGUUCCAGGCAGUCAGGAGCUCAAGGUUCCAGGCGGGUGCAGGCGGCGGGAGGCGGGGCUCAGGGCAGGAGUCCUGGGGGCUGAGCACUUGGAAGAGCAGCAAGGACUGGGCCUGCCUUCUCAGGCCCCCCGGCCCCAGAUGUGGUGACAAAGCUCCAGACUCGACAGUCACCCCGAGAAAUGGGCGUGGUAAGGGGUGUGCAGGGGAAGAGCUGUUCUGAGCUCAUGGAAGCCUGGCGGGGUCACCAGGUGACUGGGAAGUGUCGGGGCGCAGGGCCUGCACCGGGGACAGGCCGCUGCCCUGAGGGGGUGAGGUGCAGGUUCCUGGCGAUCUCCUUCCCGCACCCAGGUGGGAGCUGGGAGGUCAGGAGGAGAGGGGAGGCCGGAACCCACGUCCACCGCGGGAAGUGGGAGAGAAGGCUCAGCCAAGGACAUGAUGGAAGGGCACGUACGCUCGGGCUUACAGACCAAAUCGCCCGGCUGCCUCUUUCCCAGAAAGACCUUCGACUUCAACUGCCACCAGCCAAGCGUGAGGGCUUUAGGCCUCUCCAUGUCCAGGCCGACGAGGGGAUGAUGGUUCUUUACAUCUCUGCCUUCCUGCUCUGCAAAAAUAAUAGCAUUAAAUUGUUUUAAUUUGCAUUAUUUCCUAACGUUCAAGUUUGCACAUAUUUUUAUAUUGUGCGCCUCAGUAUUUUUUUUUUCUUUUUUCUUUUUUACUGGAAUAAGGCCAUUCAGGACUUUGUUCUGUCGGGUGCUCGUUUUCUGAUGGAGUUUUUGAAACUAUUUAUAUGGUCUUUCACGGAUGGUGCCAAUUCCCCCCCC